AUGUCCUUGGUAGAGAUGGCGAUCAACUUCCUCGGCCUAGUUUCCGGCGCCUUGAGCUGUACUAUACCUCCUCUUUAUCCCGGUACCGAGCACGCCCCGGAGGAUGCAACCUCGUCCUUCGCCAGGGAGCCCGAACGAAAUGCGAGUGCCUGCCCCAACGUCAAUAUCUUUAGGUCGGACGAUGGCAUCCAUGGCCGGGCUGCUCCGGCUUACCGUCGCAUGCGUUCUCGAGGAAAUCCAGGGUACAUUUUUCUUCUCUUCUGUGGGGUUGAGGAUCAACAUGCCAACGGCGUAGUCAUUCUGGCCGUGGCUCUAGCUAUCUUAGGCGUCGGUAAGGUUCUCUCCCGGAACGUAGAUGUGCUCGAGGAUGCCACGGUGGCCUCGGCCCCUCGUCUUGUUGUCUUCGCUCUGCGCCCGGCGAGCCGCGUUUCUCCUGCCGUCGUAAACAAGUCCCAACUAUGUGACCUCGGGACCAAGAGCCCCCGUUUCGCCUGCAUCUUAAACCCAGCAAGUGACUCUCCAUCGUCGAUGCCCUCCCUAGCACCGGGUCUAGCUGACUCUAGACCCGAGGGUUCGGCCCCAAUCGCUGUCCCUCGCCUUCCAAGGGACCGAGACGUUGCCCCCGGCAUGAUACAAGACCAGUGGAAACCCCGCUACAUAUCUACAUGCGAUGGCCUUUUCAGAGUUUCAAUGUGA